AUGCCUGAAGUUGAUGACAAGAUUGUGCUAACGACAGCCUGUCAAGCCGCCAAACCAGCCACGAUUGGCCCAAACAUCAGAAUGCAAGCCCUUAACGAUUGGGCUCUUUCCCGUGGAUCUUGUGGCCCGUCCCCCCAAAACCGAACGUCUUUGAAGUUGCUUGCGGAUUGCUUCAGUUCCCCCUUUAAUAUCCUUAAACAUUCCCGGAUCUGGGAAUGGAAGUCUCGGCGUCAAGUCCGCUGCCUCGGCCGGUCAGUGGCCGAGCUCGUGUCCCUUAUCAGAGUGGAGCCAUUUGCUAUCAAACAUUCUAAUAUUGAAGGCUCGCUUAAGAUCCUGAGAACUGCUCCGCCCCGUUUUCGUUGUUGGUGUUGCAUCACCUAUAUUCCCCUAUCGACGCCUCUCCAUCGGGAAUGGGAGUCUCUAACCCCUAUAAUCCGCUAUAUUCUCAUGACGAUCCACCCCGCCCUAUAUACUCGUACACCGACAUCAACUUGCGAACUCAGGCUCUGCAGUUAUGGUAUUAGUUUAAUCAAGGAAAGUCCUGCCUGCACCCAUGCACCGUCGCAGAUUCCCUCAGCCAAGCAUUUCUUCUUGGGCGACCAGGAUUUCCUUCCUGCUCGAGCUGUAUCUCUCGCCAUCAAUAAACACUACUCAUCGGCGACUCCCCGGAUUAUUCGCACUAUUCAAUCGAAUUUUUCCCAGGCAGAGCACUUUUGUUUCCCAAGCGCACUCGGCCUAGGCCAUAACCCCAAAAAUGGGUUACAUAUCUUCAGCUUCCUCUCACCUACACCUACAAUCAUGAAAGCCAAUCAACGGCUUCGUGCAAUCAAAGUGGCAAGACAUGAGCUGAACCCGGAAAUACUUCUGCAAUUGAGGAAGAGGAAGUACCACUGUAACGCUCAAGAUAGCAGCCGACAAAAGAUGGUAGAUUUCAUUUUGUACAAUGCGGAAUAUAUAUAUGGCCCCAUUAAGGUCCGCUUCAAGAUGCAUCUUUCUUUCCCGGACAUCCUCUUACUAACAGCACACUACCAGACAUUGAACUGCUGCCUUUGUCGCCACAGCGCAAGCCGGGACCCUGGCGGCCAGAAGAGCAAGAGUAGGUUGAGUUGGCUUGUUUCUAGCUUGCACAAUCAGCGCGUGAGUUUAAUCAGCCCUCUCAUUCACCACUCCGUCCCUGGUGAGAUUCUGUCUAUAGCCGCACGAAUGGCUUUGGGAUUUCUAAUUUCGGUUACUCAACUUACCCCCAGCGUAAAACCUCUCGUUGGCAGGAGUUUGGUUAUCCAGAAUACCCCCAAAUCUAAUCAAAUGCCAUCCUGUUCCGAAACUUACCAUCAUACACUCUUCCAACGGCCUGGUACUGUUUUUCUUGACUCAUUCACGGCGCUUGCUUACAACUCUAGUUACACUAACUGCUAUCUGCACCGAGUAUAUCUCGAAGACCUUCGCAACAGUAUUUCUGAGGCCAACAUCAAUUGGAGUUUCGUCCUCUCACUCCAUUCUGAGAAUCCAGAACAGCAUAUCGUCUUCACUGCACACACAAGAACGCUUCCAGUGAUUCAAGAAAUCCAUCCAAGCGCAUCAUCCCCAGUUCGACAGACGUGA